AAAGUUCAGCCAAGCCCAACUCCAAGGCCCAUAAAUGAGUCCAAAAUUAAUCACGGAUCCGGAUCCGGAUCCGCUACACAUUGAACCCGAACCCGAAUCCGAAUCCGAAUCCACUAUCACCUUAUCCUAGCGCGGGACGGUUCCCGCGGCGAUACCUCAAUCCACGAUGCUCGCUAUUCCGGCGCCUCCACGAGCACCACCAGCCGCCGGCACCGGCGCUUCCAUCACGGCCUCUUCUUCUUCUCCUUCCCCAUUCUUCGCCUUCAUACCUAGAAUCCGAGUGAGGAGCAGGAAUUGCGAGCAUAUCCGUGCUGCCUUGAAGGAGUCCCUCGCCUCCUCUUCUCCGAAUGCCAUUAACCCUGCCGCAAAGUCUUCAGCGAGACGAGCUGCGGUUGCCGAAGUGAAAGAGUCCACUGACUUGGAUUCGGCUCUCUUGAGAGUAGGGGGAAUACUGCAAGCGCAUGACUUAAAUGUAAUUCUACGCCAUUUUGGGGAGUCAAAAAGAUGGAAUGAAGUUUCUCAGAUUUUUGAUUGGAUGCAGAGAUGUGAGAAGCUCAAUUUUGCUUCUUACAGCAGUUUUUUCAAAUAUAUGGGUAUAAGUGGCAACCUGAUGAAAGGUCUACAAGUUUAUGACAGUAUAUCGGAUAAGUCGACAAAGAUGAAUGUGUCCGUUUGUAAUUCUGUUCUUGGUUGUUUGGUUAGGAAUGCAAAGUUUGAGAAAAGCAUGGAAUUGUUUGAUCAGAUGAAGGAUGAUGGUCUCCAACCAGAUUUAGUCACUUACAGUACUCUUUUAGCAGGGUGUGCCAAAAUAAAAUAUGGUUACAUAAAAGCAAUGCAUUUAGUCCAGGAACUUGAAAAUAAUGGGUUACACAAGGACAGUGUAAUCUAUGGCACACUGAUAUCAAUUUGUGCUUCGAAUAAUUUGUCUGAAGAAGCAGAGGCAUUUUUCCAGCAGAUGUUGGAUGAAGGUUGCUGUCCUAACAUAUUCCACUAUAGCUCUUUGCUGAAUGCAUAUUCACUGGAUGGGAAUUAUACAAAGGCUGAAAAGCUAGUAGAAAGCAUGAAUUCUUCAGGUGUGGCUCCAAAUAAGGUGAUUCUUACUACUUUAUUGAAGGUGUAUGCCAAAGGGGGGCUUUUUGAAAAAGGAAGGAAACUCCUAACUGAGUUGGAAGAUUUGGGGUUUGCUAAAGAUGAGAUGCCAUACUGUGUCUUGAUGGACAAUCUUGCCAAGUCGGGAGAUGUACAGGCAGCAAAGGCAAUAUUUUCUGAAAUGAGGGGAAAAGGCGUAAAAAUUGAUGGAUACUCUUACAGCAUCAUGAUUUCUGCUCUUUGUCGAAGUGGACAACUGAAAGAAGCAAAGCAACUAGCCAAGGAUUUUGAGGCCAGUUAUGCCAAAUAUGACUUAGUUAUGCUAAAUACACUACUUAGAGCGUACUGCAAUGCAGGUGAUAUGGAAAAUGUAAUGCAAAUGAUGAGGAAAAUGGAUGAGCUGUCAAUAUCUCCUGAUUGGAAUACAUUUCAUAUCUUGAUUAAGUAUUUCUGUAAAGAGAAACUGUAUCACCUUGCCUACCGAACAAUUGAAGACAUGAACAAGAGGGGCCAUCAACUUGAUGAGGAACUUUGUUCUGUGCUAAUUGUACAAUUAGGACAAGGUGGAUUUCCCUCAGAAGCAUUUUCUGUCUAUAAUUUCCUGAAGUAUAGUAAAAGGAAUAUGCGCAAGAUCCUUCAUGAGCAGAUGCUAGAUAUCUUAGUUGCAGCGGGGCUUCUUAAAGAUGCAUAUGUUAUAAUGAAGGAUAAUGCGGAGUCUAUAUCCAAUCACUUGUUGGAGAAAUUUGCAAUUACAUUCAUGAAGUCAGGCAACAUAAACUUGAUAAAUGAUGUUCUGAAGGCAUUUCACCGUGCUGGCCACAGGAUUAAUCAGGAGGUGUUUCGUCGUGCUAUCACACGGUAUAUUGGCAAACCGGAAAAGAAGGAGCUUCUUUUGCAAUUAUUACAAUGGAUGUCAGGACAAGGUUAUGUUGUAGACUCAUUAUCGAGGAACUUGCUUCUUAAAAACUCAGGUCUGUUUGGGCCAAAGCAGCUCAUAGCUGAAAUCUUAUCUAAACAACAAAUGAUGUUGAGAAAGUCCAGCAGUUCAGAAGUGAAGAAAUAGCUCCUGAAUGGUUUAUUUGGCAUGCUGAUGACAACCUGUUCCUGCCUAUACAUAUGUUGCCUCGCCUGUGAAUUGUAUGUUUACUGGUCCAUGACUAAUAUAGUAAACAGAGAGACAUUAUUUCCUCAAUGAUUCUUUAAGCUUAAAGGUUUGCGGGUGUUGAUGGUGCUAACUGAAAUGUGAAGUUGGAUUUUUUGCUUGUAUUAACAAAGCACCUAUCUCUUUUGUAAUACACCAGUAUUUUGAUAGCUUAACCUUUUUAUUUUUUGGGAAAUGCAGGAAAAGUUGCACAACCUUACAACUCGGUUAAUACUCAUACUGUAACAAUGAAGGAUGGAAUCUAAUGUUCUUAAAUGUUUGUUCUUUCUUGAGAGAGUAAUAAGAAAUCAGAAUCUAUAUCUGAUUAGAUGUCAGUGCAGCAAAAGUUCAGCUGUCCAGAAACUGUAGUGGAAUAUAACUUUUUUAUGUUUAUUCUGAUCUGACAGUCAUAUUUAGAUUCUGCACAAAAUGCAUGAGUUGUUUGAAGGUUAUCUAUAGUGUGCUUGAGAGAGUAUUAAGAAAUCAGAAUCUAUAUCUGAUUA